CAUUCAGUGGCAAACAUGAAACUGGUUAUAAUUCUGAGUGCAAUUAUUAUUGUUCUUGUUAAAUAUAACGAAACAAAGCAAGCAAGUAAAACAAAAUGUGAAACCAUUCUUGUAAAUGGUAAAAAUCAUAAAAGAGUUGUAAUGAGUAAUGGAAUUAACCGCCCCUAUCAACUAUCGGUUUCUAAGCGGAACCAUACGAUUUAUUUCAGUUACAAUACUGGAUUUGAUAAUACAAGUACGUUCGAAAUUGGUUAUAUUAAAAAGGAACACAGAGUAGCUAUACCAAUUUCAGGUGUUAAAAACGGAUUUGCAACCGCUAUAGAUGAAAAAAACAACAUCGUAUACUUUGGAGGUAGUGAUGGAAUUUAUAUGGAUGAUAUAUCUAAGUCAGGUAAUAUAACUCAUUUAAUUAAUAAUCAUAAUAUUUGGGAUUUAUUUUACAAAGAUGAUUUAUAUUUCAUUACCUACCCUUCCCGAAAGUUGUAUAAAUAUUUGGGCGAAAAUAAGUCCGAAAUACAAAAGAGUAUUUACGAGAAAAUAUACCAGUUCGCAAUAGAUGGAGACGAAGACACGUUUAUAACCAAUAAGACGGGACUGUAUAUAAUAAAAAAUGGUACAAACGAUCGUAUUUUAUAUGAAGGGGCCAAAGUGUUUCGUACUAUCGAGAUCAACAACAAAGGAGUAGCACAUUUCUGUGGCCAGAACGAAAUUUUCGUAGCAAACAAACAUAAACAUACAUUACACAAAAUUGCUGAUGUAAAAGAUAUAUUUGGUUUAGGGUUUGAUCACGAGGAUAACAUUAUUUAUUCUAAUCCUCAUGAAAUUGUAAAAUUACUCCCAGAAAAUUGCAAAUAAGUAAAUUAAAAUAUUUUAUUCGUCAUUAUUCUCAUAUUUUUUCCCACACAACAUUAAAAGAAUUUUCGGAAUUAAAGAAAAGAUAUAGUAAAUAGGUAAAUAUGUAGUAGUAUAUUCCUAGAAAAUAUAUUUUAUUAGUUUUUUUUUUAUAAUACCUAUUUGUUGAGAAAACAAGUGAACAGAACAGUUCUAAAUAUUUAUUGUUCAAUAGGUAAUAGAUAAAUAGAUACUAAGUUUUUCAUAAUCUUUACAUAGUUUCUCUCUGUUUACCUGUAAUUAUAAUUAGAUAAGACAAUACAUAAUGUUAAAUGAGAAGCAAUAAUCAAUUUAGCUCUAAUAUAGUUAAGUGAAUGAAAUUUUUGCUUAUAUAUGUAUAGUGUGUAUAGUAAAUCAUAACAUAACAAAGUUACAAACUACAUCAAUUUACGUAUUAGGUACGUUACUCGAGAGAAGCCAUAUCUAUUAAGUUCUGAAAGAUAUCAAUGAAAACAAUGUUAACUCAGUAAAACUUAUAUUAUUUCAUAAAUUAUAUUAUCUUUAUUUAGUACCCUAAUAACUAAGUAAUUAAAUAAUAUAAUUAUUGUACAAUAAACAAAAUCUUUGGCACUUUAAUAAAUAUGUAACACAAAUACAU